UCACUCAGUGGGGAGAGGGGCUGCAGCCCCGCCCCCUCCCACAACGAUCUGAUCCCCACGCAGUGGGGCUGCCGGGCAGCAGCAGCACAAGAGAGUGGCAAUGGCCUCCCAGAUUGUAGGCUGCCUCUUUGCCUGCGACACACAUGAGACACAUCGAUGGUCAGAUGAAGACUGAGAGCUUGGCUUUCCCUACCGCCGCCUCAGCCGCCGCCUCGGCCCGCCUCGCCCUCUCCGUGGCCUCCUUUUUCUUGUGCCGUGCUGCCAAACGCGUCAAGAAGGCCAUCAU